AGUUUGCAAGUGUCAGUGUCCCUAAGGUGGUGUGGGAGGGUGGUGUGUACUGUAUGGAACUUCUCGCCCUCCUUGAGUUACUCUAUGUAAAUAUAUGUUUAGUUAAUUGUGUGUUAGUUAAUAGUGAAGGAUAAUUCAUGUUUGUGAGGUUCUAACCUAAUUUCUUGUACAAAAGAACUUAGCGUUUAACGCAAACUUUAUUUGGAAAAGUGAAAAGUUAACACAGUAUUGAAAAGUGCUUCAUCAUUGGGAGUGUGAUAGUGUGAAUAAGCUAGGUAGAACUGUGCAUGUUGCUGGGAAUUACACUCGUCAUUUCUCGCCCAAACAUUUCCUUGUCAUGGUGAGGCGGUGGUGGAAUAUGGUGAGUGUUCCCCAGUACCGUGUGUGGCCGCGGGCAGGUGCAGGGUACCGGUCCUAGCCAGGUGUACAAGCAUACCGCUACUCGCGGUGGUGAAGAGGCAGUCAUGUGGGGUGGUAACUCCCACUCGUGUGUAGCUCCCCCGUGAAGAGUGAGUGACGUGGGACACCCUCCAUGAUACACCCACCUGACCAUGGAGAAGGUUGAGAAAAAACUGACCAGGUUUCGCGCCACACUUAAAAAUAAAAGGAAGCUCUCGCUGCCCGUUUUCAUUAACCAGUUCCAGCAGCAGUGGGCGGAGCAACACGGAGGGGCAGCCAAUGGCAGUGCCGGAGGACUGGAGGUGGGCGUGGCCUCCUCCUCUGGCUCCUCCUUCGGCAGCCUCACCUCCAUCCCUCCUUCAGUGGACAAGGAUGCCCGUAGAGGCAUCUCUCCCACUAAUCUCAACUUGGCCUUCCAUCUUGAUUUCGGGAAGGAGCGGCUGUCAAGCUGCGGGGGAUCCCCGUACUCGACACUGAGCCGCACCAGCGUCAACAACAACAGUGGCCGCAGUCAUAUAUAUCACACUAACCUCAUCACCUCUGUGUCGUCCCCUGGUGGCACUACCCAAGUUGUGCCUGGCACCCCGCCCUACCCCACCGUGCACCUCAACCUCCCAGACGGAAGCUCCAGCAGACAAGAUUCGAAGUCAGACAGAAGUACAAAUGAUAAGGGCAGUCCGGGUCCUCCCACCUCACGACGCAACAGUAACACCCUCCGCCAGUGUGACUCCCUGGAGAAUGUCUGUGACACUAACUACGGCGACCAGCUAGAGAAUGGCCUUGGUGUGGCUACACAGCCGGUGGUGUCCAACGCCUUCUCUCUGCCACACAUCAACCAGCUGUCAGAUUAUGAAGACGACCACGUCCUCCACCACGAUCCCCCCGCCGAGAACGGACAUAGCCACAACGACAACACCACCACCACCUCCAAGCCAGCGAACAAAAGAUCUGACAAAACCAAGAAGACGAAGUUAAAGAGACGCCGAGCCUACUACCGCACUCCCAAAGAUGGUCGCAGCAAGAGCCUCACUCACAUCGACACGCUAGAAGACUCCAACAUGCUUCUCUCAGGGGAGGAGAUGGAGAGCAGGGAGGGUGCCACCGACAAACUAGGGGUGCCCGACCCUCACUCCCUGCGGCGCCGCAAACUCUCCCUGGCUACCAAGGUGUCAAGCUGCGAGUACAUGGUGCUGUUGCUGGAGUGCUUCGUCGACCCUGUGGAGGAGUUCGUGCAGGCUUCCAGGGGCACCACCCUGAGAGAUGUAUUGGAGCGGCGGGGUGUGGAGACGACGGGGAUACAAGUGUUUCCUGAUGGUUCGCGCACCCCGCUACCCCUCAACACUGACACCUAUGUACUGGGAGGCAAGACUCUCAGGGUCAGAGGUAGGUACCAAUGACUCCAUCCCCCUGGC